AUGGCCAUGCAGCAGGCCUAUGCGCACACAAACAAAGGAACUUUGGUUCCGGGACAGAUGAUUGCUGUCAACAAAUAUACAGUGCAGGUUGAGCGCUACCUCAGCCAGGGGGGUUUCGCACAUGUAUAUCUCGUUAGGACUGCCACGCCGGUGUACAACACCACGCAUCAUGUGCUCAAGCGAAUCGCCGUGCCGAAUGAAGCAAUGCUCACCGAGGUGAAGAAGGAAGUGGAUAUCAUGAGGAUACUCAAAGGUCAUCCUAAUAUUGUCUUCCUCAUAGAUGCAGCUUGGCAUCGCCUCCCUGACGGCAGUUUCGAGGUGUUCAUCUUCAUGGAGUAUUGCGCUGGCGGUGGCAUUAUCGAUAUGAUGAACCGUCGCCUGAGGGAGCGUCUCACAGAGCCUGAGAUACUGACAAUAUUCGUUGACGUCUGCGAGGGUCUUGCAGCUAUGCACGCGCUCAAACCACCGCUCCUCCAUCGCGAUCUCAAGGUCGAGAACAUCCUUCAGUCCUCCGCGAGUUCGUACAAAUUAUGCGACUUCGGGAGCGCGACACCUGUGCAGAAGGUGCCUGCUAACUCUCAGGAGAUCAGGAUGCUUGAGGCUGAUCUUAAUCGGCAUACUACGCUGCAAUACCGCGCGCCCGAGAUGGUGGACGUCUAUCUCAGGCGACCGAUCGACGAGAAGAGCGACGUAUGGGCGCUUGGCGUAUUGCUUUAUAAAUUAUGCUACUAUACGACCCCUUUUGAGGAGCAUGGUCCCCUUGCUAUUCUCAACGUUCAGUACAAGAUACCUCCAUACCCCGUGUACUCCGGCCAGAUGAACGCAUUGAUAGCCUCCAUGCUCCGCGAAUUUGGCACACAGCGCCCGUCCGUGUUCGAGAUACUCAACCAUGUCCAUAAGCUCCGUGGUACGAAGUCGCGCUUCACGUACAACAUUCCGUCCAGAGAGCAGCCAUUGUCGCCUCGCUCUAUGCAAGCCCCUCCCCUGCAGGCUAUAUCCCAGAACAUUGCAUCGCCCUCUCAACCGCAUGCGAAUGCCUUGGACGACCUUGUAACGUUCAAGUCUCAGCAACCCCUCCCACUGUCUCCAAGUAAGAACGCAGGGACUGAAGCGCGGGACAGAGUACUUGAAGCGAUUGCACCUAUGCGCCGGGGACGACCUCCACCAUCUGCCUCACCAGUCGUACCGACCCCGCCUGCCAGUCCGAAGAAAGGCAAGUUUGAGCUGGACAUGAAGUUCAGCGCAGAGGAGGAUCGUGCAUGGCGAGGUGUUCGCGGUCACAAGUCGGGCCUGGCGAGCGUGGGCAUGACCAAUGUGAACCUCAAUGCGACUCCAGGCACUGAUGCAUGGGGAUUGGAACCUCGGAUCGCGUUGAAGAAGGCGCCAGAAUUGGAGGCCUUUGACAACGAUUUCUCUGGGUUCGGGAAGAGCUUUGGUGACUAUUUCGAGCCUGCAGGGUCACCACCAGUGCCUCUUACUGCACAACCUGUGUCAAUUCCCCAGCCUGCGCCAUCGCCAAAACCACCAUCUGCGUCGCCACAGACUAGCCGCUUUCAGCCAGCUCGGAGCACGAAGGACGCCUUCGAGGGACUCGGUCUUACCGCGCAGCUACCACCGCAGACGCUUGGAGAGGCACGCAAGAGCCGGACGGGGCUCGCAAGUUUUGGGCUUUCCUCUAGCUUGAGCGCCAAUCUACCCGCGACUCAGUAUCUUGGCAGCGGGCCGGGGACGAGCAACACGUCGUAUCGCCCGCCGAGCGCACACUCGCCCGUACCGUCGCCUUUCCUUCAGCAGCCACAGUCGCAGACGCUUUCACCAGAUCCCCAACCUACACAAUCCUGGCGCCAGCACGUGAGGGCUCCUUCGUCGUUCAUGAGCCGAGGGCUCACACCGGAGGAGCGGUUCCCCUCAGUGGAAGACUUAGAUCGGACGUUCGCGCCCCCACCGGCUGCGGUGUCCAGUGUAGGCGAUAAGAUCCCUAUGGCGCAUGCGCAGACGCAGCCCUCCGCUGCUAAUUGGCAGCCAUCGAGGGCGAGUGUUCCCGGACAUGUCCGCGCGACUACAGAUGCGCUACUGGGCGAUUCUGGACUGAACGUAACGAGAGCAGGCAAGGGCAGGUACGACGGCGUCCGCUCGCAGCACGUCACGGGCACUGCAAUGCGCGAGUCGCGAAUAGCUGCGCGGCAGUCGAUGCUGGGCCGCCCCGUCGAGCAUAGCAGGCAGCCGGAGAGGGAGAGGGAAGCAGUCGCGCCCAGGAGCGGAGCAGGACUGACCAGCAGACCGUCGAUCGCACGUCGCGAGAAGAGCUCAGUGUCUGCGAAGACGUUGGACACCGCCGAUCUUUCGUCUGUCCGCGGCGACCCCAGCCUAAAGCCCUCUACACCCACGCCAGUGCUCCCACCCCGCCCACAGCCGAGUCCACGCAAGGAGCCGCGUGACUGGCUCACAGGUGCCGACGACGAUGAGCUGCCUCCACGCACUCCGGCGCAACAGUUCCAGCCUGUCCUGCGCGGUUCCCCGAGCAAGCGCGCAUCAUUCAUCGAGCGCAGUCCCAUUGAGCUGGCAAUGCCGCUUGAAGCGGAGAACGUGCCAGAGCCAUCGUAUCACCCUCGUCCUCGGAAGCAGAGCAAGCCGGAGAAGUCUGCUGGGGGAACUGGGAAGUGGGACUUGGAGAAGGAGGUGGAGGCUCAGAUGGAGAAGGACCGUGAGAGGGAGAGGGCGAGGACGAAAGAGCCCAAAUUGUCAAGGUCGCCUCGGCGGCCGACCAAGGCCUCUGUCACGCGGACGGGCACCGGUGGAAAUAUUGGUGCUCUGGGAUUGCAGCUUCCGCCAGUCGACACGAAUGUUGCUGCUGGGGUGACGCCGUCGCCGAAUGGCCUGACAGAGAACUGGAGUCCCGUGGCGCCCUCGCCAAAACCGCUUUCGAAGGCAUCACUAUCCUCGUCGAGUGAAGAGGGACCGGAGGAUAUCAACGGCUUCGUGCCGAGGGGCGGUUCUCCAGAGAAAACAGAAGAAAUGAGGAAGGUCCAUGAGGAAAGGCUAACAGGAUCAAGCCGACGCAGACCGAAGAGCAAGGGUCGGCAGAGCUCGGUGCACGACUUGGUGGACCUUUGGGGUGGCGGCGUCGCUGGGGAGAAAGAGGAGGACCAGGAGAAUACCAGUGGUUCUACUUCAAAGCAAACCGACAAGCGCAAAUCGGUGAUCAUGCCCGCGGCCGGUGCAAAGCCGCCUUUCCUUGCCAAACCACGGUCAGAGUCGCCUCAGCCACUGGUGGACACGACAACUGCUCUGGGCCGUAUUCAUCUACCUAAAUCGACGAGCCCACAUCGCCGCCAACCCUCUGCGCUACCCGUCAGCUUCGCGCUCGCCGCACCGGUUUCAGCACCAAUGGCAGGUCGCUCCCGCCCACAGUCCAUGUUCCUCACCUCACCUUCAAAGUCACUCACCUCACCUUCCAAGCCACUCGCCUCACCUUCCAAGCCACUAACCUCACCUUUCAAGCCCUUUGCUUCACCUUCCAAGCCAUCGUUAGUGGAAGGCGUUGCUUCCUCUUCCUCCUCUGCGCAGCAGACACUCUCUCCACCCGCAACGCCCAGUGCCAAACGCUCCAUGAGACGGAGUUCGAUAUCGGAUAUGGUACAGCUCUACGAGGCCAUAGGCAGCAACCAGACACGCGGAACCAGUGCAGGCACAGGUCCGCCUGCCCCUACUGUUGCGUCGGGGCCGCCAAAUGUCAACGUCGCGACGAAGCCAGCUGCGAAUGAUACUGGCUCGACGAUACCUUCACCUUCCGCUGCAGCUACUCGCUUCCCCAAGAUCUCAUCAGAUACUUCUCCAGUAAUCUCUAAGGUCAACCUGGCUGUCCCAGAUAUCUCUGGCGGUAUUGGUGCAGGACGGGAAGCCGUGAGAAGCAGACCUUCGUCAACGGGGUUGCCCUCGCGUACUUCCCCUACCUGGCAUUUGGAGACUCCCUAUAUGAAAUCAGAAACCUCCAACACAGGUACACGUACAGAGGCAGUCAACGGUUUGCCGUCAAGGAGGUCUCCUCUGCAGUUUCCCAGACCACUUGCAGAAGAGCCUUCUGAUACUGGCGUGGAACCGCCGCUGGCUUCACCCUUCCCUGAGCGGAAAGCGACAAUACCAACUGCUACGGAGAAUGCGGUGUCACCCGGCCUGCGUUCACCCUCUCCGGAACGACCAUACCAGGGUGUGUCGAAACUCAUUGACCGUUGGAACCGUGCUGUGGAUGAUACCUCUGGAGCGAAUGCCAGCGGACCGAGACGCGGAGGCUUUCCUGCGCGGCGCGCGGGCGUUGUAGGCGGAGACUCGGGUAGGGGAGGAUCAUGA